AUGGCUAGCACGGGUUCCACUUUUGUGCGCUGCCAGGCGGUGCCCGCUGCCGAGGCGGUCGUCGGCAGGGAAGGCCUCCCGAGUUCCAGGGACGAUCCCAAGCACAGGUACGUCGUGUCGCACCCAUGGCUCUCGAAGGCUCACCCAGACCCCAGCGGGGAGACGCUGCGAGCUUUAGUUGAUCAGCUGGAUCUCCUGGGCGCCUCUGACGACGAUGCCGUUUUUAUGGACUACACGGGGCUGCCCCAGCACGACGGCCAGGACCUGGACCUGCAGCGCCUGGAGCGCGAGAGGAGAUGGCCAAAGCCUGGGGAGCAUCCAGCGGUCCGCGACCAGGGCGAUGAACUGCGGUUCAAGAGGGCGCUCGACUCGAUGGAAAUGCUCUACAGCAUUGGGGGCAUUCCCGUGAUAGUCCUGCCCAUGGGCAGCGACACUGCGGAGGGAAGAGGCUAUUUUUCUCGAGGGUAG